AUGACCAUACGAAACGUCUACCUAAGGAAUUGCGAUGAUAUUCUCUCAUUUGAUCCAUGCUGCUCUUCAAAAUUUGAGUGUAUAAAUGAUUUGUGCGAGUUACAUACAUUUAUCGAUGUUCAAAAUGCGGUAACAAGCGUUGGUAUUGGCCCUUGGUUGACCACAUCCAAUGGCAAUACAUCACAUUGCCUAUUGGCCAUAUCAUAUGAGAUAAGCCAAGGUAAUGAUCUUUCAAACGGUAGUAAUAUACAGGAUGAAAAAAAUGAUUUUAAAGGCGGAAUAACACUCUAUUCACUAAGGCACGAAAGCUCAUCAUAUUACAGCCCGAUUUAUGAUACGAAAUUUUCUGCUAAACCCCUGCAAAUAAUUUGGAACAAAUGUCAAGCCCAAACCCACACAACGCAAAGCACUCACGAUUUUGAAUUCCAAUCACUUAGUUGCUGCAACAUGAUAACAUGCCUAUUUGACAAUGGAAAUUUGGAAGUUUUUGAAGCUAUUAAACACUAUGGCAAAUUACUUCAAUUGUUUUAUUUCACCCCGGAAAUGAUAAUAACAAGUAUAACAGCAUCUCAAAUUUGCACAGCGGAUCAUAUCCAUCACUUUUACAUAGCUGCUGCAACUGAUACCAAUGAACUAGUAGUUAUCAAAUUAUAUGGAAAAUCCAUCGACUCCCAAAAUUCACUGGAUCACACAGUACAGCAAUACACUACCUCAAAGAACGUUGAGGGAUUAUACAGUUCAAAAAUAGUAUACAAAACUAUCACAUCAAAUAUUGACUACUUGUCCACAUCGCACGUGCAAAAAAUGGCUAUUACGACAAAUUCAGAAAUUCUUGCAAUGGGAUCUACCAUGGGAACAGUUACUAUUUGGGAUAUAAGACUCGGUAAAUCUGGGGAAUUGGUCAGUUAUACUGUAUCCAACAGACCAAUUUAUCAGCUUUUGUGGACACACAACUCUAAAUACAUAAUAGGCUACAGUAGUUCGCUGUUUGUGAUUGAUUGGCUGGGUAGUCAUUCAAUUUCCCAUUACGAUAUAACGCCCUAUCAAUAUCAGCCACUUUGCCACGGAUUGACAAUUAAUCCUAAUAACAAGUGUUUGAUGGUUAUAAGAAAUGAACUUAUUAUCUUCCCCCUGGAACAGCUCUUAUCGCACAAUCCUUUCAGAUUUAUGGGAUUUGAAUGGAUGUUUAAUGGCGACGAACGUAGUGGAAGUUUUCCAAUACCAUCUACAUGUUCACCAAAAAUAAUCAAUAAUGACACUACGAAUAGUGGCUGCGACAAUUUUGGAGCGAAGGACGUACUGGACCACUUAAAUUGGGAAAUAUCUUUAGGCUAUACCAAACUAGUUGCCACUGGACUAACCAUCAUUAGAGGAGUAAAGAAUUAUCGCUCGGGUAAAAAUAUCAAGCGUCAAAAAGGCUGUGAAAGUGAGUUUCUGACAUUCAACACCACAGCGCUAAACUUGUUAAACCAUUGUGACUUUGUGUUAUCUCCAACGUGUCUGGACACUUCAGGUGAAAAUCCCCAAUUGGUUGUCUACGGCGGCUCGAGUGGAUUAGUACAUCUAAUACUAUUUACACAACCCGCAUAA